CAAGUUCUACCAGGACAACAUCCUGCGAAUCAUUUGCGAACUUGUCCGUUAAAGUAAAUCUGUAUUUAAUGAUGUCGUACUUAUUUAAGCAGUAGAUAAAACACGAUCACUCGCUUUAUUUUCUUAUUUAUUACGAAUAACUAUUGCCGUGGAGUAUCUGUCGUAGUAUUUCUUUUCAAUUUUAUUUUUAUAUUUGCUGCAAUGAAAAAGUUUAGUAAUUUUGUGUUUGUAACUGUGUUAAUAUUAUUUAAAUUUAAGUACGGAAAUACACAACGUAUCUUAUACACCACAGACGAACUUGAAAAUCACAUCAGUCCUGAAGAUUUAAAGGAAUUCAUAAAAUGGGGAAACAAACGUAAUGACUCUACCACAACUCGGGCGACACUCGUCGACUACGCGAGUUAUGAGGACACAACAACGAUUCUUCCAGUGCCUGACACAGUAGAUUGCUUCGGCUUAGGUUCCUUACAAAUAAUUCAGGAAAUAUGGCCUUUUAAUAUGCGACCCAGCUCUUCGAAUGACAUCAACACGCAUUUCUACUUUUCCUCUCGUCAACAACCGAAUAGAGUUCAGGUUUUUUCUGGACCACAAUUCGGCCUCGAAUGGGUUGAUUUCAACCCAAAUAGAAGAACAAUAUUGAUUGUCCACGGAUUUAUGAGCCACAGUAACGCGUCAUGGGUUCGAGAUAUGACGGCCGCUUUUCUGGAAUGGGCCGACGUGAACGUAAUAGCGGCUGAUUGGAGUGCGGGUGGUAACACUUGGAAAUACUGGCGAGCGGUUGCCAACACUCGCAGAGUCGGCUCUGACAUUACCGAUUUCAUGAAUCAGCUGAUGUCAGCAACAGGCGCCAAAGUGAAGGAUUUCCAUUUCGUAGGACACAGCCUCGGUGCUCAUAUCGUAUCUUACGUCUCCUACCAUAUUGGCAGAGUUUCCAGAAUUACAGGUUUAGAUCCAGCUCAACCAUGUUUUCGGACGACAAAUCUUAUCGAGCGUCUGGAUGAGACUGACGCAGACUUCGUUGACGUUAUACAUACAAACGGGAGACUGUUGCAGAAGAUUGGAUUUGGGCUACCAGAUCCUAUUGGUCAUGCAGAUUUCUAUCCCAACGGUGGUAUGAGGCAGCCGGGAUGUGCAAAUAAAACAAAUUCAAUUUGGUCACGAUUAUUCCCUGUAUCAGUUUCGCUAUUACAGCAAGCAAUCUGCAGCCACGGACGGGCAUAUCUUCUGUUCACGGAGUCUUUGAUAAGCAAUAACUGUAUGUUCAGAGCUUACCAAUGGAACUUAACGUAUGAAGGUGUAAACGCAAGUCUACAAGCUGCUUGUUCUAAAACAUCAUCAUUGUGUUCUGUAAUGGGUAUACAAGCUAUGGGUAAUUCAACACAACCCCGAGCCAAGGGAGGGUACUUUGUCUUGACUUCGGAAAAACAGCCAUAUUGUCGAUACGACAUAUCUCAUCCUAUAGCGGAUUUAUUAAGGGAUUUACGCCAAGGGUUCCGUUUAGAUCGCAUGACCAAACCGAAACCUACGGUAACACCAGCGUAUGCUGACCCUGACCUACAAACAACUACGGAAGAUAUCACUACAACAACAUCUAAAAGUUGGAUAAAGAAGUUAUUUAGUUUCGGAUAACGUUAAAUUGUACCACUUGUAUUAUAUAAAUUUUGUUACCUAGUAAAAUUUUCUGCUAAGUUAUUCUAGUUCUUAGAUCUUAGGUACUAAAGACGUUAAUGCCAAAAUGAUUUAUCUUUUCUACACUGUAAUAUUUAAUUAUGUUAAUCACAUUUAUUUGAAUGAUCUUUAUAUCUAUAAUAUAUAAAUUUCUAUAUUUGUA